CAGUUUUUCCGUCUGAUCAGUUGAGUCAACGACUUUGCGCUGUUCAGACGCCCAAACGUGGUCGGGUUUCGUGAUCGUGACUGGUUUUGCGCGUGUUGUUUAGCUUUGCGUAUUUGGCUUAAUAAACAAAGGUCAUAAUGUCGCUCACUCCAGUUCAAAAAUGGUACGCUGGAAAGACAAUAUUUGUCACAGGUGGAUCCGGAUUCAUGGGAAAGGUACUUCUGGAAAAGCUGUUGUAUGCCUGUUCCGAAAUACGCACGAUUUACGUACUGAUUCGUCCGAAGCGUGGAAAGGUCCCUCAAGCACGCCUUGACGAGUGGUUCAAGCUACCGUUAUUUCAACGUAUUAAAAACCAAAAACCCGAAGUGUUCAAAAAACUGGUUCCUAUACAAGGUGAUAUCACAUUCGAUGGAUUGGGCAUUUCAAAAGACGACGUUGACAGGCUCGCCAACGAAGCUGAAAUAGUUUUUCAUUGCGCUGCGACGCUCAAGCUGGAAGCAAACCUGAAGGAUGCCAUAGAAAUGAACACAGUUGGCACGAAGCGAGUACUGGAUUUGUGCAAACAGAUGAAGAAACUGCAAGUUUUGCUACAUCUGUCAACGGCCUUUUGCUAUUGCGAUAAGGAAGUAUUGAAUGAACGUGUGUAUGACUUCCACCAUAGCCCGUAUGAUCUAAUGCGAGCAAUUGAAUGGAUGGAUGAGAAGACACUCGAUCUCAUAACACCUAAUUUACUGAAGCCGCAUCCCAACACAUAUACGUACUCUAAACGACUGACUGAAUGUCUUGUCAGGGACAACUAUCCGCAACUGCCCGUUUGUAUAGUGCGGCCAAGUAUCGUAUGUCCUGCUGACAAGGAACCCGUGGAAGGAUGGGUGGAUAAUUUGAAUGGUCCUGUUGGAAUCAUGGUUGCCGGAGGCAAGGGUGUUAUGCGAUCAAUGUUGUGCAAUGGCGAAUACAAUGCAGAGGUCAUCCCAGUGGACUUGGCCAUCAACGGUUUGAUAACAAUCGCGUUCACUAUUGGACAAAUGAAAGAAAUGCCACCAGAAAUUCCGGUAUACAAUGUAACAUGCCGAGAAACCAAACGAACGACUUGGAAGGAAGUGUUGGAAAUGGGGAAAGCAACCGCUUAUGAAUAUCCGUUUGAAGCUGGCGUAUGGUAUCCUGAUGGUGGAAUCACUACAAACAAAUUUUACCACACAUUUUGUGUAAUUUUCUUCCACUGGCUCCCAGCAUAUUUCAUAGAUUUCUUAAUGCUCUGCUUCGGGCAAAAACGAUUCAUGUGCCGCUUCCAGACUAUGAUUUCACAAGGGCUCGAAUUACUUCAAUUUUUCACGACGCGCCAAUGGGACUUCAAAUCGCAUCAAUACCAAUCCAUAGCUAAAAACCUUACACCAGAGGACUUUGCAUUAUUUGAUAUGGAUAUCGACAAAAUCGACACGAAGGAAUAUCUCAAACGCAUCAUUCUCGGUGGAAGGCAAUAUUGCUUGAAGGAACCCCUAUCCACACUGCCGAAAGCACGAAUGCAGCUGAAAGCUUUGUGGGUUUUAGAUAAAGUAGCAAAAGCUUUGAUGCUUUGGCUUCUGGUUUGGGGAUUACUGAAAAUAACAGGAUUUAGUGAAAUUUUCGGAACAGUGGAUGUCAACUGAUUGUUACUGUUUAAAAGCAGAUAUUUUAGUUAUUUUGUGUCCUUUGAUUUCAACUCAGUUAUGUAUCGGGGUGUUGUUGGUCUGAAUAUAAAAUAUAAAAUUGACAUCAA